UGCUUUUGCGAUUAGAGCGCCCUCUGGGCUACACCUACCGCGAUCUAGGGUCAGUGCGCUACCCAGACCGGCAACUGUCAUCGCUGAUGCUCAUCUCUACCACAAAAAAGAAACUCAAAAGAUCAGUUUUUAACCGAAUUGCGAGUUUGUUACCCGUCAGGAAACUCCACCAUGUUGUCUGCCAACAGUAGUGUGUCUUGGACUAAAAAACAUUCUCUCCUCUCAAAGUGGAACAUCCUCUUUGACAAAUCGCCGGAAUGGAUCUCCUUCAAGCCUCAAAUGGGUUUGAAGGUCUACCCGUGCUACUCGUGCAAGAACAUGUUUUCGUCCAAACUAACGUUCCAAGACCACAUUAACCGGCGUGUGGUGAUUAUCAAAUACAAAUGUAUAGAAUGCACAAAUACGUUCACAUUUUACAACCGCUGUUCUCUCAUUCUCCACGCGCGUAAACACUUCAGUCUCAGCGAAGGAAAAAUAAAUUUAGCCAAUGUUGAUAUUUUUCUCCUGCCGGUGGACCUGGCAGGGUUUGCGCGACACGAAAGCAUCCCGUUUUUGUACGACGAGGAGGAAGAGUACCCAAGUGACAAUUCUUACAUCAACUGCCAGUUUUACACACCUGAUGAUGCGGAUAAGGGCAAACAAAUGGUCACAUUUCGGCCGUUUAAUCUCGUUUUUCACUACGCCGAAGGGUCGAAUAACGUGCUCUUAGUCAUCAAACAACUCAGUCUUAAUAUUCCACUGUGCGAGUUCGUGCCUCAAAACCACGACAAACCAGCGAAACCAGCGACUAAUGGGCAUCUCGAACCUGAGAUAAAGCAAGAAGUGGAGGAGGACUUCACCCUACCGGUGAUUUCCAAAAUUGAGUCGCUCCCGCAGUGUAGUGAGUGUAACACGACGAUUGAGGGCCCUCUUGUGAGCCACUUCCAAGGGGCGAAUAAGCCUCUGGAUGAGUCGUUGUGUUGCUACAUUUGCAAAUACGUGGCCCCCACGAAGUGUUCGCUCAAAGCGCACGUAAGGACUCAUGAGAAUAUAGCUCCUCAUGUAUGUCCCGAGUGUGGUAAACUAUUCAACAGUUGGACACUUCUCGAUAAACACAUGGAGGAGGUUUGCUUCCAUUUGAGCAAGCAAGUACGGUUCAGAUGCCCGGCCUUGAAGUGUGGCAAACUUUUCGUUAUGCCCAACACUUAUGCCUCGCAUUUUGCCAACCACUUCCAAUCGAUUCUCAGGUGUAGCGACUGCAGCUCGAAUUUUUUCACCGAGUCGGACUUUACCGACCACGCGAAAAACCACGAGAGUUGCACUUCGUUCAAAACUUUCAAUUGCACGGUUUGUAAGAAUUCGCCGACUCUAGGCGAAGAGAAAACAACCGAACAUGUCAACUGGCAUUUGAGGGACCGGGAGACUUGUGUUUACAUUUUCACCUGUCGCUCGUGUCGCAGUUAUUUCCGCUCGACCACCACUUACUCCGUACAUAAACAAAGGUGUUUGAAAAAUGAGAAAACGCCCAAUAUUGUCACAGCCAGUUGCCAGUUUUGCAGCCAAAAAAUACAAUACAAGGAGAAAGACUCGCUCAAGGUGUGCACCAGUUGCAAACAAAUCAACCACCUUCGGGGAACCCCCGGGAAAAGCAGCGACGAGAAGAAGUCCACUUGUAUGUUGUGUAAGGAAGACUUGCUUCCCGAAAAUCUCAAUUCGCACAUGAAACUGUGCAAAUAUAACAACCCGAUUGUCACGAUACACGCAAUCAAUAACGAAUCGAAAGACUCCGAUGAGACUAGUUCGAGCGAACCGUCGAAUCUUGACUCGAGUAACGACUCUCUCAAAACUGAGGAAACCCCCAGGAGUAAAAAAAGGAAACGUUCGUCAAACUCCUCGACCCCUAAGAGCAAAAAACCGGCCGAAGAGAACGACCUCCAAGCCGAAAAACCGAUCUCGUUUGACGGAACGUACUAUUGCAAACUAUGCGAUUAUAAAAACACCGAAAGGUCCGAAUUUCACAAUCAUGUGAAAACGCACCGUGACAUCUCGACGGCGUAUCAGUGUAUGGAGUGUGGGGAAUGUUUCGUUGUCCGACCUUCGUUAGUCAAACAUUUGGCACAUUUCCACCAAGUGACGGAUUCCGAGCAGUAUUUUGCCGAGAACAGUUGUUACGAUAAGUGCGCGAUUGAAGAACUUGAGAAUAAUUUGAAACUGGUUCCGGGGGAACAUAAAGGCCCGGUUAAGGAGAAUCAGUGUUCGGUUUGCUUGGAAGAGUUUGAGGACGGGCUGGCUUUAAGCAAACAUUUUCGCAUUCAUGGGAUGGCGUUCCUUAUGAAGAAAACUAAAUAGUCGCAUAUGUGCUUGUUAUUUCACUAAUAAAUUCGUUUUGUACAUUGUUUUA